UCAAUCGCGUGGCUGCGCGCCCGAAAAGAGCGUGAUGUACUAAGUGCGUCGGCGCUGCGCACUGAGCCGAGUAGCUGUCAACUGAUAGAUUUAGGAUUAUAUCAGCUGAACGCGCUACCACGUUAGUCAAAAUGAGCUGUUAAGCCCAUCCACCCUCAGACUCAUGGCCGCAGAGGAGAACGAGUGUCCCGGCUUGUCCCGGCAGAACUCAGAGCUCAUGAGGUCAUGGGAGCUGGAAGCCAUUCUGACCAAUCGCACGCUGCGCUUCGUGUUGCGCUUAGAGCAGCAGUUCAUCUGCCCGUCCUGCGGCGGGAUCGUCCUGAACCCUCACCAGACGGGCUGCGGGCACAUCUUCUGCGCUCGGUGCGUGAGGGCGUACAUUGAAAAUGGAGGAAGUUCGAAAUGUCCUUUAGACAGCAUCCCUAUUAAAUCAGAAGAGAUUUUUCAAGACAACUGCUGUAAAAGAGAACUGCUAAACUUAGAGGUCUACUGUACCAACGCCCCAGACUGCACACAGACGGUUACUUUAUGCAACCUUCAGGAUCAUCUGAAAGCUUGCCAGUACGAGCGGAUUAGAUGUUCAAACGUAGGGUGCAACGACACUGUGUUACGCAGAAGCCUGCAGGAGCAUCAGAGGAACGUCUGCUCCUUCCGGCUGGAGUCCUGCCUCCACUGCAGACAGCCGUUCCUCACGUCUCAGCUGCAGGCCCAUCAGAAGACUUCAUGCCCUGAAAUCCAAGUCCCAUGUCCCAACAAGUGUCCCCAGAUGAUCAGAAGACACAAGCUGCAAGCUCAUGCUGACGAGUGUCUUGAAGUGGAGGCUGACUGCAUUUACAAAAACUAUGGCUGCACAUUCAGAGAUAAAAGAGGCAAAGUGCAAGUUCAUGAAAACACAGAGUUCAGUUCCCAUGUGCGGCUUGUUCUGGAAAGUAACACCAAACUAGAGAAACAGGUGGAGCAGCUGCAGCAGGAUAUGUUAGUCCAGCAGGAGGCGCUGAAGGACAAAAGUCUUGUGGUCAGCAGUCUGGACCGGGAUAUCACCCUGUGUGACAGCACACUUACUACCUUACAGAGGUCCGUGGAGGAGCAGCGAGUGCGGAUCUGCAGCGUUCAGCGUGAACUGAGGGAUCUGCGGGGCGUUCUGGGCUCUGAACUGAGCGAAGAGCUCCCGAGCCUUCGGGCAUCGCUGGACUCUCUCAGACAGCAGGUGGCCGUCACUGAAAGCCUCAGGGAACACCUCGGUGUGUUAGAGCAGACGUGUCAGCGUCAUACCCGUUUGUUAGACAUCCACGUCGAGCAGCUGCAGUGUAACGAGCAGCGCUUCCGCCAACUGGAAUCCACUUCCUACGACGGGAAGCUCAUCUGGAAAGUGCGUGACUACUGCCACCGGAAAGAAGCCGGCACCCCCCUCAACUCCACCCCCUUCUACACCAGUCGAAGCGGCUACAAGCUCAGUGUGCGGGCUUACCUCGGCGGGGACAACUCAGGGAGAGGCACUCACCUGUCGCUCUACAUCACGAUAAUGCGCGGAGACUUCGACUCGCUCCUACCGUGGCCAUUCAGACAGAACAUAACCUUAACACUGCUGGACCAAAGCGGCUCCAAGAACCACGUGAGCAACACUUUCACCCCCGAUACCAGCAGCGAUAGCUUCCAUCGGCCAACAUCUGAUGCUAAUGUGGCCACGGGUUUCCCGAGAUUCAUAUCCCACGGCGAUCUGGAGGCUCCUCGAAAUGCCGUUUAUGUGAGAGACGACACGCUGUUCAUCAAAGUAAAGGUGGACACAACUGGAUUAGAGGACUUGUAGUGUUCAGGAUUCACUGGAGUGUCAAUUGAAGGCGUUUGUUGUAGUAGCAAUGAUUAUUAUGUUUACAUGCACAGAUUUUCAUUCAUGAAUGAGUACAAACCAAGCGGCAACCUUCCGGUCGGUCAUGAAACCAACACGGAACUGACUAAACCUGCAAUUCAUCGACUGGCCGCUAGAGGCUGGCUCUAAAAGGGAGUCAGUCCCAUAGACUCCUCAUGUUAAAACGGCCAACUUUACAGCAGAAAAAAUUAUUUUCACAGCCUGGUAC